AGCAUAAAAUUACGUUGAAAAUUCUCGGUACUCAUUCGCGUUCUCCGACUCAGAAGAACGGAUAGAACCUCUCUGGUCACAGCUUCCUCUUCUUACAAACCAACAGAUUAUUGCAUACGUUAUAUGUAAUGGUUAACGGGCAACUUACCACUCCCGAUGAUCUAUGCGCACCUCCAUCGACUCCCGCUCUCGUCUGGACACAAGAGGUAGCUCGGAAAUCGGGUCAGGUUUCGUUUGAUUUGAGCAACAAUUUGUGCUACGAAUACGAACGUUCCGAUAUCCCCACAGCCCAAGGCGAGCGGAUCAUUGGUUACGUCAGUUCAACCGGUGAUGCACCAGGAGAGGGCAUCAGCCAGACACUCAAUGGACGCAAAUGCCUUCGUUUGAGGCGAGAAAGGGAAGCAGUUUGGCACGUUGAAAAUCCUUAUUAUGAGGGGAUAUCAACAGCAAAUAGAAAACCAGGGCAUUCUGUCUCUCAACACGGGCAGAAUCGCGCCACACUACUCAUAGGAUAUUCAUCGAACCUCUAUCCAUCCCGAUUCGCUUCACAAAUGCCCGUGGUGAACGAGAUUCCUGCAAGAAUCUUCCGGUUCGAACCGCGCUCGCAAUUGUCAUGUCAAGAAAAUUCUCCACUGGUUUUACAAAGCGAGAAACCUGGCUGGAAAAAACGCGAAUAUCAUUACAGCUCUUCGCCCACACUUCCCACAUCUGAUAUCUCCCCCAGUAGGCCUUUCGGACUCCGUCACGAUUUGAAGUUUUAUAAGGGUGCGACCUUUGAAAGACCAAAAUCCCAAAACCGAAGGUCACUUUUUCAAAUCAUACGGGCUGGUUCCGAUCAACCAACCACGUAA